AUCUUCAAAGGGCUUGUUGGAAAACCAGGCGGUAUGUAUGUUGUAAACAGUGUUUUAACUAGAUUGAGGUGGGUGUGUCUUCCCAAGGAGGAGAAGGAGAAGAAGCAGCGGCAGUAGCUUGGUGGCCUUCAUUCCUUGAAGCCCACAUUUGGGACGAUGCUGGCCGCGUCGUGGACCUGGCGGUGUCGCGAGUUGUCCCGACGGCCCUAAAUAGGUCAGCGGGAAAGAAGCGUAGUGUGUGUGUGUGGAGGCAUUCUUGGAUUUCUGGAGCUUACAGUUGGGUGGUUGACUUCCCACCCUCUGGAGUUGACUUCCCUGCUCUUGUGUUUUUUUUUUGUUGGGUUCUCUUCCAAGGGUGGAUGAGAAAAUGGCGUGGAGAACAUCUCGGCAGUGAGAUAAUGUUAGAUGUUGCCCCCGGGCGAAUUCCCAUGUUGGUAGCUGAGGUGAUCAGGUGACCAGGAAAGGGAAGACAAGGUGGAGAUGGAACUGCCAAAUCAUGCCAAACAUUUGCUCCUGCAGCUUAACCAGCAACGAGCCAAAGGUUUCCUUUGCGAUGUGAUCAUUGUUGUCGAAAAUGCCCUCUUCCGUGCCCACAAGAACAUCCUGGCAGCCAGCAGCAUGUACUUCAAGUCCCUCAUCUUGCACGACAACUUGAUCAAUUUAGAUACUGACAUGGUCAACCCUACCGUGUUCCGGCAAAUCUUGGACUUUAUUUAUACUGGUAAGCUCUUAAUGACCGACCAGCCUGGUGAACAGAACUUCAAUGCUCUCCUCACCGCAGCAAGCUACCUCCAACUUCCUGACCUGGCGGCCCUUUGUAGGAAGAAGCUCAAACGCAGCGGGAGGUCCUUUGCUGGCCGGGCUGGCGGAGCCUCCAGCGUCGGGCGGCCGCCUCGGAGUCAGAGACUUGCCACCGCUUCAGUCAUUACUCGUUAUUCAGGGUCAACCGAAGGGAUGAAGGGCUCUCAGCCGAAGGAGAUGCCAAAGGCGAAGGUCUCGGAUGACGAGGUCUUCAUGAACAGUUCCAACCAAGAGAAUUCUCACGCCUUGAGUAGGGGACUGGGAGAAGGGAGCAACAGCACCAACGGAAGCUGUGUGGACCAGGAACUUGGGCUGGAUCUGUCCAAAAAAAGCCCCUCCCUGCCCACUGUCGCCCCCCAAGACGACACCCCACACAGCGAGAGUCAGCGUGGCUCCCCCCGGCCCGCCUCAGCCCCCACCGCCAACAGUGCCUCAUCGUUCGAAGAGUCCAUCUCUGGAGCCCCUCCCGCCCUAAUAGACAACUGCGAGCCCAUGGAGAUGGACCUCAGCGAAGACCGCCAGUGUCUCCCCGAAGGCAACCAGCGAAAGAGCCUACGCCAUUCCUCACGGAAGAAAGAAUGGAUCAAGAAGGAUUGCCCCUUCGACCGGAAGGAGGGCGGGGGCAAAGGCUGCGAGGAGGGUGAGGGGUUACCCAACGGCAUCCUGAUGGGCCCUUUGUGCAAGUCCGCGGAGCGCAGCCUAGGCCUGAGCCCCUACGGCUCGGAGCUGCCGUUGCACGCCUGCAAAGAAGACGUGGAGAACGGCAAGGAGAACAGCGAGGACAGCGGUCAGAGCGAAGGUGAGAACGGCGGACACAGCAGCGCCAACUACGUCUACCGGCAGGAAGGCUACGAACCCGUGGCCUUCGGGGACAACUUGUAUGUCUGUAUCCCGUGCGGGAAGGGUUUCCCCAGCUCGGAGCAGCUCAACGCCCACGUGGAGAAACACACGGAAGAAGAGCUGUACAUCAAGGAGGAAGGGACGUUCGAGGAUAAAGAAGAAGAGGCCGAGGAUUUAUCAAACCCCAACCAGCCCUACACCUCGGAAUCGCGGCCGUUCAAGUGCUCGGUUUGCGAGAAGAGCUACAAAGAUCCCGCCACCCUCCGGCAGCACGAGAAGACUCACUGGCUGACGCGGCCCUUCCCGUGCAACAUCUGCGGCAAGAUGUUCACCCAGCGGGGCACCAUGACUCGGCACAUGCGCAGCCAUUUGGGACUCAAGCCCUUCGCCUGCGAGGAGUGCGGGAUGCGCUUCACCCGGCAGUACCGGCUGACCGAGCACAUGCGCGUCCACUCAGGGGAAAAGCCCUACGAAUGUCAACUGUGCGGCGGGAAAUUUACCCAGCAACGAAACCUCAUCAGCCACUUGAGAAUGCAUACCUCUCCUACAUGAAGCCAAAGUCUCUCUAAAGGAGCUCUGAGCCCCUCCAACCCACCCACCAUAAAUAUCCCUUAGACUUGCUGCUUUAAAAACAGACUAUACAAACAAGGGACGUUUGUCUCCCCUCUUCAGUCAUGGAAGGCGUGAACCAAACAGAGCUUUACUUUCUUUCUUUCUCCUCCUUCCCCCGUCUUUUCCCCUUCCCCUCUUCCAAGGAAAAAAAACAAAACCCAACCCCAAUUUAACUUCCAGAGUCCUUCCCUUUUGUAUCAGCUUUUCUCUCAGGGCCUGGCAACUUUAAGCUUUGCUGUCUGGGGAAUUCUGGGAGUUGAGGUCCGCCAGGCUUAAAGUUGCCAACGUUGGAGACCCCCUGGUCAAGGAAUAAGUCCUUCCUGGGUUGAUGCCGAUUCAAAUUGAGGGCCCCACAGAAAAGGGAGAGGAGAGGGUAAGAUGGUCUUCGCCACGGAAACGAGGACAUGGAAACAAGGGACUUCCCCCUCCCUCCCUCCGUUUACUUUCUUAGCACUUUGGAAUUGCUAUGGUAGAACUUCCACAGUAUUAUUUUUCUUUCUUCUGACCAACUCCAAGACUACCCUUUAGCGGCCAGUGGAUGGCCUUCUUGGUUUUUGUUUUGUUUUUUUCUUUAAUCCUUAGGGGGGGGUUAGUUUUUACAAUGGACCGGGUUUAAAUGGACAGUUGUCCCUCAAAGCUAUAAUGGGAGAGAUGUUCCUUGCCAAUGUAGACCAGUUUGUUCUUUCUUCAUUCUUUCCUUUGGGGAUGGUGGUGGGUCUCUGAAGAACAAACAACAUUUUCAUUGGCUGAAAGGGACAAAGUCCCAUUGCCUCCCGUCCUUGCCCCUCUCCUCGCCCCCCCCCCCCCCCCAUUUCUACAUGGUGCUUUCCACCUAGGAAGGUUUUCUUCCACCUGUCCCUUCUCCAUCAGGUUCUAAGGGAAGAGCUGGUCCGCCUUAACCAUCACAUCCUAGUCUUCAACGUCGUCUGGUCCAACUUUCCUCCUCAACCUCUUUCGAUCUCUCUCUCUAGCCUUAUCCAUGACUGAAUGGGGAGGUGGGGGGGCUGAGUGACACCCUCCCCACCCCAGGAAUUUCUUUCAAAUGAGCAGGGGUCAUAUCUGUGUUAAUUUCCUUUUCCCCCCCACCCCUUAGUUUUCGUAUGGAUAUUUUUAUUUUUAUUUUUUUGCUUAGAGGUACUUGUUCUAUUAAGAGGAAAACAAUGCGUUUGUUCAUAAUUGAUGUAAGUGUCGGAACUGGAAAGCUUGAGGGACUUCGGGGCGGGCAGCGGGAAUUGAAGUAGGCUGGAAAUGGCUACAAGUUCCUUUAGGUACCUUUUCAUUUUUUUUUUUUAUUUUUUUUUAUUUGGGGUGCACGUGUGGUGUCUGUCCGUCUGUCUGCACGCGUGCACGGAUGUAUGUGUAUGCGUGCACUUAAGCUUUUUCCUCCUUCACUAAAGAGUUGGGUCAGAAUGGCAGGGCCCACUUCCUUUUCUACCUCUUGAAUUCACAAGAACAAUAAGAUGGUUAGCGGAAAUAAUUAGGUGUGGUGUUUUGUCCCGCCCUCCCACCCCCAGCCCUCUUCCCCCCCCCACACCCUACCCCACACCCUAUCCCCAGUUGUAAGUUAGUGUACAAAGUAGAAAUUAAACUUAAGGUUAAGGGAUUUUUGCCACCUCAUUCUUUUCCCGUCAGAAAGUCAGAAACGCAAAAGCAUGGCCAAAGACGAUUAAGUAGACUUUUUUUUUAAGCUGGAGGUCCGGAGAAGAUAACGCGGUGCCACCAAAUCAUUGGGGUUUCUGUUCACAAA